GCCGGCUCACUCCUCACAACGACCGCAGCUCAUGUUCACGUUCAGACGACAACCCGAGAGAACUGUUUGCAAGAUCGAACAAGAAUUGCACGAUGAAGAUCUGCGUGGCCACCAUUCUGUCAAUCGCCAUCCUUCUGGGUAACUCUGUCAAGCUCCGAGCUUCCGUUACUGGGCCGGUUCCCUCGGACGGUGAUGGUCCUGCGUCUCAGGUGUGUCAGCAGUGCUGUCAGGGACCUGCUGCAAUACCCGGCAUACCAGGUCUGCCUGGACCAGCAGGACCGAUGGGGCCGUACGGCCAGCCGGGGUCAAAGGGCGAUGCAGGUCAGCAAGGUGAGAUUGGCCCUAUUGGGCCUAUGGGUGAGAGGGGAGCUCCUGGGAACACUGGGUCUAAAGGUAGUGACGGGCUUGGUCUGCCCGGCAAGAUAGGUCCGAGAGGCCCACCGGGUCUAGUUGGAGCAGCCGGUCAGGCUGGUGUCAAAGGUCAGAAGGGUGAGCCAGGGGAGACACCAGACGACUCCAACCAGCAGGUGGCUUUCACCGUGGUGAGGACGAGCCCCUCAGAUACCUCUACGAGUCAAGACACCCGUUUGCCCUUCAAGCAGGCCGAGACCCUUCUGCCGGGUACCAGCUUCGAUCUCGAGACCGGCACGUUCACAUGUAGUGUGCCGGGCACUUACGUAUUUACGUUUUCUGUACUGAAGUAUAGCAACAGCGGUAGCCUUUACAUCCAUCUUGUUAAAAAUAACUACCAUGUGAUCACUACCCAUGGUAACUCAAAUCAACGUGGUCAAUUGUCUGGUAGCGCGGUGCUGGUUCUGCAACGAGCAGACACGGUGUAUCUUACCAUGUACGGUAGGGCGCAUAGUGAUUCCACCUAUCACUACACCUCAUUCAGUGGCUUCCUCCUUUUCUCCGAAUAAAUAAAUAAUUAACUUAAUGAAAUUAAAUCACAAUGCAUAAAUAUACAGGAGCAGUGCUGCUCUUGUUUUGUUUCGCUUUCCAUUUUGCCAAAACAGUAACCAAUGUAUUACAAAAAAAAUGUUCAAUGUCAUGAUAAUAAGAAAGAGAAUUGAUUCUUAAUACGAAGCAUUUUACAUUCAAGUAUCAAAACUGCAUGAAAACAGUUAAUUAAAAAGAAGUCAAAUAUAUGACUUUUGAAAAAGAAGGUUUUAGGUGCGAUUGAAAACGCUUCAAAUUCGUAAUUUUUUGCUCUAAUGACGUGGAAGUCUGCACGGUCACCGUAUGCCUUGCCAGGCUAAGGACGAACUUUAGGAAGGUUAAACUGAACCCCAUCUCAGCCUUUAGUGCGAAUGUUAAACGCAUGAACUGAUAUUUACUCUGUGAAGUACCGUAGCGCUGCCUCACCAUGGCGGAUAAGUUUGAAAAGUACCGAAGAAUUCAUUCCGCACCGUAACCAAGAGCCAACGUAGUUCCUGAAGUAUGGGCGUACGACCCUUCAUUCUGCAUAUAUGUCUGGUAAUCGUAUGAAAAAAACAUAAAACGUUACAAUAGUCUGUCUGGGAAGUAACAAAUGCAUGUAUUAAAAAAAUAUUGGUUUUUUUUUUUUUCAUUUGCAUUUGGCACACCGUAUACAGCCAGAGAUUAAAUGAAGUCUGGUGAUAUCAUUUAUUUAUCCUCAGAAACUUGUUUUCUUGCAAAAACAAGGGUUUCAAAUUGCGCCACAGUGAACCAAGAACUGUCAACUUUUGUUAACACUUUAUUUUGUAUCCCAUAUUAUACAUGUGUGACACCGGGAAUCGGCGUCGAAAAUAGGGAGACUUGGAAUACGGCCAGUUCACUUUGACGUUAAUUCUUUAUUCUGUGAGGGAGUAAAACAGGGUGAUGUUACUCGGUCGAAUCAGUGUUUGAAUGUGGCCAACAAUUCUUUAAGUAAACAGUUAAAAAUCCAAACCAAAUGUACAUGUAAGAUAAACCUAACAAUCUACUCAAUUAUCCAAUCAAAUAAAUGCAACUUCAAUGUAAAUAAUAAGUCAUGGCUUAAUCACGAAUGAACUGCAAUCAUUUAAAAAAAUGGCGAUUCGCGCCAAACGAUCGGCGUUGGCUGCCAUCUUGCAGCCAAAUCAUUAUUCCAAAAAUUACAGUAAAUGCCACAAAUGUUGACUAUAAAUUCAAGAUAAUGAAUGUACAAGUGAAAGAUAUGUUGAUAAAUAAAAGUAAGAAUGCAUAUCAAUGGAGAUAAUUAUAAAGAUGAGAAUAAAAUAAGCAAAGUAUAAAUUACAUGUGAAAGAGUAAAAACAGGGUGAUGUUACUCGGUCGAAUCAGCGUUUGAAUGUGGCGCGGCGGGAAGGUUGCCGGAUCUAGUUGAACUAUGUUACGGUAGGUGGCGGAGUGAUAUUUGUUAUGUAAUCAUGUUUAAAGGAACAAAUACAGAUUAAAGGAACUAUUACAGAUUAAAGGAACUAAUGAAAAUUA